UCUUAUCCCCGCCUUUCCAAUGGGCUCAUCCCAUCACCUCCCAGUCUCUCAACUCCCAUUCCCGAUUGUUUCCAAUCCCUCACUAUUUCCAGCCCUGCCCAGCCGCUUGUGUUUCCUCCGCGGAACAGAUUACACAGUACUUUGGUUCGAAAACGCGGACGGCGAAGACACGCGCCGCAUCUGCGCGUUAUUCCCGGCAGCGGGUGCUGCGCCUCGCUCCUGUGUCUGUCUGUCUCUCUUAUCGACGGGCAGCUUCAGUGAUUCCUCGGACUCCAUCCCGCGGCUGGCGCCGUCCGCCCACGGUCCGAGAAUCUGGGGAUUGACUGGGACUGGGACUCGAGGAAUCAGAAUCCCACCCCUCUCGCCCAUCACAUCGCAGCCUCGGUCUUCUCAACUGUGAGCCGGGGCUUAUCCUCCAGGCCAUCGCCGUUUGCCUGCCCCCUUGGCACUCCUGCAGUUCGCGAAUGGAGAGACCGCCGCAAACACGAGCCCUGGGCCAGCCGCCCGUCCUCUCGGUCUUUACAGCUCAGACGCCGAGCUCGGGUAUCGCAUCCACCAUUUACGUGUCGCCCGAAGCCACUCCUCAGCAUCAGUUGCGGCAGCAGCAGCACACACUCGUGCACUCAGAUGGCGGCGGCGCACCACUCCGUCGUGGCCCCAAGAGGGCGGCGCGUGGAGAAAUCGGGGUUGCUGACGAGUCACCGGCAAUAUGGGGCUCGGCCUCAAGCACCCCGGUCAACACCGACCGAGCCGGCACUAACGGCCACGGACCGAGUCCCGGUCUUGGCGUGUCCCCCGACGAUGAUCGAGACAGCAGCAGCGCCUCCCCUUCGGCGACGGCGACGACAGACCAGCCGAGGAAAAAGCAGAAACGAAACAAGCCGACCUUGUCUUGCUUUGAAUGUGUCGAGCGGAAGACCAAGUGUGACCGAGGAAGACCACACUGCCUUGCUUGUAUUAAACGUCAGACAAACUGUGAAUAUGCUCAUGUGGCCAAUCUUCUCGAAGAAACCACUCGGAGUGCAACAAAUGGCCGCCGGAUGACCAGACCGCCUAAGAAGCGCUCAGACAGUGUCAACCAUGUCAUGCCCAACGCAGCUGACCGCGGCUUGAAUGUUGGCCGUAUAAAGGCCUUGGGCUCGGUGGCUACCUCCACCGGCCUACUGUCCAACGUCCCCUAUUCUUCUCCGGGGUCGUCAAAUGUUUUUGGCAUCGGGUCUGAGCACCCCUUUGCCAACUACUGGACCUGCGAGGGUGGACUACCAGAGGUCAUUUCUGUUCUGCCUGACAAGUUGCAGGCUGAUAUUCUCCUCAACCGCUAUUUCGAGUGCGUUGACCCGGUGUACCCCAUGCUUCACCGGCAGACCUUUUACGCCGAUUAUGAGCACUUUUGGUCCCUGUCCCGGCCCGACAAAGAUCGUGCCGAUGCCGCCUUUGUCGCGCUGAUCUUCGUGAUGCUGGCUUUGGGCACACAAUUUGUGACAUCGACAUCGCCGAAGGAGAGAAAGCAGACGGCCGAGUUUUACGCCUCGGCGAGUAAUCAAGCGUUGCGAAUGUGCUCGUACCUGAGCACCGCAUCCAUCAAGUCCAUCCAAGCCAUGGUCCUCAUUACGUAUUUUCUUAUUAAUGACAACCACGCCUCGGAUGGCUGGGCCUUUGCCGGAAUACUAAUCCGGCAGGCCUAUGCCAUGGGCCUACACCGUGACCCCAACAUCGUGGUCCCCGACGCGCCCCCCUUCGAAAAGCAACAGCGCCGCAAAGUCUGGCAGGCCGUCCUCCUCCAGGACACCUUCUUGACGGUUCUCCUCUCCCUCCCGCCGAGCGCCACCCACACCGACGUCAGCGUCGACGACCUCGUCGAGGACGACUCGUCCAUCGCGUCGGACGACCCCACCGACACGGCCUACAUCCGCGGGUCGUGGACGCUGGCCAACCUCGUGCAGGAGACCAUCUGCUCGCCGCGGUCGCUCGACGUGCCCAUCUGCACGACGGCGCGGCACAAGUCCAAGCUGAUCGGCGACUUCCGCGCCGUCUACCGCUCCUUCCCGGACGUCUUCCGCUCCUGGGACCCGGAGGCGCUCGCCCAGCUCGCGCAGAGCAACAAGCGGGUCGUGCGCCAGACCCUCUUCCUCAGCAGCAACUACUUCCACAACCUCAUGCUCGUCCACGCCUCGGAGAGCCAGGACGUGCCCGUCAACGCCCGCGGCACCCUCGAGGCCGCCCACGACGCCAUCACCGCCUUCUUCGUGCUGUUCGCCCUCUUCGAGGCCGAGGCCCGCGUCUGGUGGGUCUUUAACCACCGCGCCUUCCUCGAGGCCCUGUGCAUCGGGAACGUCCUGCGCGAGGUCGCCCGCGAGCCGGGCGGCGAGGAGAGCAUGGCCAAGGAUCCGUUGUUUGUGAGGGCGAGGAGCGAUAUCCAUCGCAUGAUACAAAUCAUGCAGGCCAUGAGCGAAGGCGACCACGGGUCGAACACCGCCAGGACGAGAAUCCAGGUCCUGAGCGAGUUCUUGCUCUAAGAGAGGGAGGAGGGCAAGGUACCAAUAAGAGACAGGAGGGGCCGGGGAGGGCCUCUUGGAGAGGGGUCUGGGAAUUCUGAGGGAUAGGUCUUGACGAUGGUGGGUUGGAAGUCCGGGGACGAACUUGAUGAUUGGGUGACUAAUAUCGUGUCUCUUGCCCAUUUGGAGGGCAAGGGGAUGAGCAUUGAUUGAUUUGAGUGUUUGUGGUUCGGGUUCGGCGUCGAUACCAUGCUGCUGCUGCUAUGUAGAAAGAGUGCUUCGAAAAAGAACGAUAUGUUUAUG